GGGGCUGACGGGUGACACCGCGUUCUCUCCAUGAGGCUCUGAGCGCCACGGAGGACCGGUCGAGUGGACAUAAACAGACCCUCUCCCGGUGCACGUGCAGCGAAGCCCGUUCUAGGGGGUCAGACAUCCCAAACCCGAGACCCCUCUGCCUUGCCCACCUGGGCUGCACUCUUCUGCCGGUCCGUCCUUCUCCCCAGUUUUCGGUAUAUAAUUAGGUCGACCAUGGUGGCCGGGACCCGCUGUCUUCUAGUGUUGCUGCUUCCCCAGGUCCUCCUGGGCGGCGCGGCCGGCCUCAUUCCGGAGCUGGGCCGCAAGAAGUUCGCCACGGCAUCCGGCCGCCCCUUGUCCCGGCCUUCGGACGACGUUCUCAGUGAGUUUGAGUUGAGGCUGCUCAGCAUGUUCGGCCUAAAGCAGAGACCCACCCCCAGCAAGGACGCCGUGGUGCCCCCCUACAUGCUGGACUUGUACCGCCGGCACUCGGGCCAGCCAGGAGCGCCCGCCCCGGACCACCGGCUGGAGAAGGCAACCAGCCGCGCCAACACCGUGCGCAGCUUCCACCACGAAGAAGCCGUAGAAGAACUCCCAGAGAUGAGUGGGAAAACAGCCCGCCGCUUCUUCUUCAACCUAAGUUCUGUCCCCACGGAAGAGUUCAUCACGUCUGCGGAACUCCAGAUUUUUCGGGAACAGAUACAGGAAACUUUGGGAAACGAUAGUUUCCAGCACCGAAUUAAUAUUUAUGAAAUUAUAAAGCCUGCAGCAACCAGCUUGAAAUUCCCUGUGACCAGACUACUGGACACCAGAUUAGUGAAUCAGAACACAAGUCAGUGGGAGAGUUUUGAUGUCACCCCGGCCGUGACGCGGUGGACUGCACAGGGACAUGCCAACUAUGGGUUUGUGGUGGAAGUGGCCCAUUUGGAGGAGAAACCAGGUGUCUCCAAGAGACAUGUGAGGAUCAGCAGGUCUUUGCACCAAGAUAAACAUAGCUGGUCACAGAUAAGGCCAUUGCUAGUGACUUUUGGCCACGAUGGCAAAGGACAUCCACUCCACAGAAGAGAAAAGCGUCAAGCCAAGCACAAACAACGGAAGCGCCUCAAGUCCAGCUGCAAGAGACACCCUUUGUACGUGGACUUCAGCGAUGUGGGGUGGAACGACUGGAUUGUGGCCCCUCCAGGCUAUCAUGCCUUUUACUGCCAUGGGGAAUGUCCCUUUCCCCUGGCGGAUCACCUGAACUCCACUAACCAUGCCAUAGUACAGACGCUCGUGAACUCUGUGAAUUCCAAGAUCCCAAAGGCAUGUUGUGUGCCAACGGAGCUCAGCGCAAUCUCCAUGUUGUACCUAGACGAGAAUGAAAAGGUUGUGCUAAAAAACUAUCAGGACAUGGUUGUGGAGGGCUGUGGGUGUCGUUAGCACAGCAACAAUAAACAAAUAAAUAUAUAUAUUUUAGAAAAAGAAAAAAACCCUACUCCCCCCCCAAAAAAAAACCAGCUGACACUUUAAUAUUUCCCAAUGAAGACUUUAUUUAUGGAACGGAAUGGAAAAAAAACACAGCUAUUUUGAAAAUAUAUUUAUAUCUACGAAAAAGAAGUUGGGAAAGCAAAUAUUUUAAUCAGAGAAUUAUUCCUUAAAGAUUUAAAAUGUAUUUAGUUGUACAUUUUAUAUGGGUUCAACUCCAGCACAUGAAGUAUAAUGGUCAGAGUUAUUUUGUAUUUAUUUACUAUUAUAACCACUUUUUAGGAAAAAAAAGAUAGUUAAUUUGUAUUUAUAUGUAAUCAAAAGAAAUAUCGGGUUUGUAUAUAAUUUUCCAAAAAUUGUAGUUGUUUUUCAGUUGUGUGUAUUUAAGAUGCGAAGUCUACAUGGAAGGUUACUGGGCAAAGUGCUUGCACGUUUGCUUUUUGUUUUUCGCAGCACUACUGUUAAGUUCACAAGUUCAAGUCCAAAAAAAAAAAUGGAUAAUCCACUCUGCUGACUUUCAAGAUUAUUAUAUUAUUCAAUUCUCAGGAAUGUUGCAGAGUGGUUGUCCAAUCCGUGAGAACUUUCAUUCUUAUUAGGGGGGGAUAUUUGGGCAAGAACCAGACAUUACUGAUCUGCUAGCAAAGCUCUCCUUGCAGAAAGAAUAAAGCAGAACGAGUGGAAAUAAAUAGGAAAACUGUGACCAUGUCAGGAAAUGAUAAUGGCGUCUUGUUCUUUCCCAAACCUAUGAUCCCUUCCAGGGGACUGAUCUGGCCAAAGUACUAAAUAAAAUAUAAUAUUUCUUCUUUAUUAA